AUGGUAACAAUUUCCAAUGCUCAUUCCGAGCUUAUUCAUGAUGCAGUAUUAGACUACUACGGCAAACGCCUUGCAACCUGUUCUUCUGACAAAACCAUCAAGAUCUUCGAGGUUGAAAAUGACGUUCACAAACUUGUGGAGACUUUGCACGGCCACGAGGGCCCUGUGUGGCAAGUAGACUGGGCACACCCAAAGUUUGGUGUGAUUUUGGCUUCGUGUUCGUAUGACGGUAAAGUGCUGAUCUGGAAAGAGGAAAAUGGACGUUGGACUCAAAUUGCCACCCACGCAGCUCAUUCUGCUUCAGUGAACUCUGUGAAAUGGGCACCUCAUGAAUACGGCCCUCUUCUCCUGGCAGCGUCGUCCGAUGGAAAGGUAUCUGUGGUGGAGUUCAAGGAAAAUGGCACCACAGAGCCCAUUAUCCUCGAUGCCCAUUCCAUCGGCGUCAACACUGCUUCCUGGGCCUCUGCUGCUCUUCAGGAUGGCUCUAAUUCUCUGCAAAACCGUCGUUUCGUCACCGGUGGCGCUGAUAACCUUGUCAAGAUUUGGAAGUAUAGUCCUGAGGCCAACACAUAUUUAGUACAAGAUACUCUCGAAGGCCAUACCGAUUGGGUCAGAGAUGUGGCAUGGUCUCCAUCCGUGCUACUUCGUUCGUAUUUGGCGAGUGUAUCUCAGGAUCGCACUUGCAUUAUUUGGACACAAGAGAAUAGCCAGGGCCCUUGGAAGAAGCAAUUGCUAAAAGAAGAAAAAUUCCCUGAUGUUUUGUGGAGAGCAAGCUGGUCGCUGUCUGGAAACAUUUUGGCACUUUCCGGGGGCGACAACAAAGUAACAUUGUGGAAGGAAAACUUGGAAGGUAAAUGGGAACCUGCCGGUGAAGUGGAACAAUGA